AUCGCACCUGGAUGCUUCCGUUGCUUGACACCGAAGUCGCUGCUCCUUGAAUUGCCCGCAUCAGCAUUUCGAAUCUUUGGAUACCAACUGGUGCUGACGAAAUUGUCGCCCCCCUCGCAUGUUGUUGCAUUGGGCUUGACGCUGAUGCGACUACAGUGGGCGGUUUGCGGUGCCAAAAUCGUCAUGGCUAAUCUGUGAAACUUAGAGGUUUUUUGGCCUUUUGCCGAAAUAUUGAUGGGUUCUGUUUGGUUUGUGAGAAUGGGAUUGUGAAAGUUUUCUUUGAAAGCAUGCAGGUUCAGGUUUUCGGAGAGUGUGCGUGAUUGGAAAUUGGGUCUCGUUGCUGGUUGCGGAACCUCCGUUGCAUUUGAGGAGAUGCGAACCGUGGGAUUGUAGUCCAAAGCUUGACUUUAUGACUUGAUUUUGAGGAAUAGGGUUUCUAUCGUGGCGGUUCGUUGAUUUCGGAGAUGAGGAAUUCAUUUUAGAUUCGGGAAUUUAUAGUGAUUUGAGGUUUGAUAUAUAGUACACCUGCUGUCUCAAUGAAAUGAGUCUUUUGGCUUUGCAAGUGCAGAACCGCAUUCUGAUUACGAAAUUCGAUGGAGAGGACGUGGUCGAGGUUUCGAUUGUUUCUGGUUCUCGCACUAUUCUCAUGCUUUAGUGUGAAUUCCCUCUCGUCAUCAACUAUAGAUGGCACUGCAACUCAGCGUGCAGAGAAUUUCUCAGGGACGGGGGACGAUGAGCUGGGAGUGGUGCAAAUGGAAGGCACUGCCCCGCUAGGAGUCGUAUGGAUCGUGCAAAUGUCUGACAUCCAUACUAGUAAAUGGAUUCCAGCUCGCGGAAGAGCUUUGAGGAAAUCACUUGGUCACGCGUUAAAGUUGAUCAAGCCUGCCAUUGUUCUGGUGACAGGGGACCUCAUAGAUGCGAAAAGUGAGGACGGGAAAUCGACACAGCAGGAGGAAGUAGAAUGGAUCGAGUAUCGUGAUUCCUUACACAAGGUGGCGGAUGAAAGUGGGAUCCCACUGAAGUAUUUUUAUGAUAUAAGAGGAAAUCAUGAUAAGUAUGGAGUUCCCCCUUUGUCUUCACUUGAUUAUUUUCCAAAGUAUAGCAUCAGUGCUGCCAUGAACCGCACCAGCCUUUUGCAAAGUGUAACAGUCAAGGGUCGUGAUGGUCGCAAACACUUAUUUGUAGGGUUUGACGACUCCAUGCAUGUUGGAUUGCGGGCUCCCACAAAUCUUUUCGGCCACCCUACCGACGAUAUCCUUGUGCAACUUGAUGAGGAACUCCAGCGCUGGGACAACUUGAGCAUUCCGGAUCCUGUAACGAAGAUUGUCUAUGGGCACUAUCCAAUGUCGUUUACUACAUCAACGGAGACAGGAAAGCGUCCUGAAGAUAUUAUGGCAAGAAAUGGAGUGGCUGCUUAUAUAUGUGGGCAUCUGCACACAACAUUUGGUCGCCGGCUUUACAAGCACCACAAGCGGGAGGAUGGGAACUUCUGGGAAUGGGAGAUGGGUGAUUGGCGUGUUAGUCGCAUGAUGCGAGUCAUGGCUAUAGACCAUGGUCAUACUUCUUUUGUGGAUGUUGAGUUGAUACCUCCGGGAGACACUGCGGAGGGGAUGUUUACCAUGCCUACAAUCAUUUUGCAAACUUAUCCUCUUGACUCAACGUUUAUGUUAAGAACUUUUGUGAAAGAUUCUGGAGGUUCGUAUUCACUGCUAAAUUCGAUUCGAGCUCUAGUUUUCUCUGAGGCAACUCCAGCUUCGGUCAAAGCAAGAAUUUACGACCUCAGUUCACACUCACUAAUAUUGGUACAUGAAAGUUCUAUGAAUCUGAGUGAAGAGAGGAGUGACCAUGGGGCGCAAUACUACACUACUUUUUGGGAACGUGAGAGGUACAUAUACAACAGUGGACUCAAGUAUGCCAUCCAAAUCGUUGCUGAAAGCUCAAACGGAAGUUUGUCUUACAGCGAGAUGAGGAUCGUUUCUGCUAUCGAUGAUCCUGGGAAAUUUCACCUUUCGGCUUUGGCUUUCAUAGUCAUGGGCUUCAAGUGGGAAACUGCGUUUCCUGUCUUCCUUUGGAGCAUUGUAUUCUUAUUGCUCUCACUUCUGGUGGCCUCGAAGGUAUUUCAUUUCUUACUUGAGAAAAAUGGCCAGUAUGAAGUGUGGACGGCCUCGGUUUUUGAACCUUUCUCGACUACAAGUGGUGCGCUUGGUAAAGUCGUCAAGGUGCCAUUUUGGGCCUUUCUGGAGUGUUCCCGAAACAACUUCCUGUGGAUUGGUCUAGUGGUGUGUGUGUUAUAUUUAACCUUCUUUCCAUGGUACUCAGGUCGAGUUCUUGCAAGUGAUUUUCCCACUGGGCAUAUGUCUCUGCGUGGUGUAACCGUUAACCCAUCGAAUGCGGAUUCUGUCCAGACAAUGUCAGGCUUAGGAAUACCAGACAUAAUGACUGUUGUAUUGCCGUAUCUGUACGGGGUGGUGCUACCUCUACUCUUGAUGAUAUCAACUCUUUCAGCUGAAAGAGCUGCUUGUGAAUUUCAUCUGAAAAGUUUUGGGAAGUCUCGGAAACCGAAGGAAUACUCUGAUAGAGGAGAGUCUGAAACUGAAAGAAAUACAGUAGAUGUUGGUGCUCAAGGGAAUACAGCAUCCUCGGAAGCGAUUGUGCAAGGGUCUUUCACAAAAGAUUCCACCUCACGGAGACAUGGUGAAUCAGAUCCUCUGCUCACUAAAACUGAAGCAGACAGUAAAGAUCACCACUGCAAACUUUGUAGUCGGCGAGUUCGAAAAGGCCUAUUUGUGGGGUGUUUGGCAGUCGUAUUCAUCCAUUGGCGGCUGUGCUUGGUGAUUGUGAGGGCGUACGGGCCUAUGCCACUGGUGUCUGGUCUCGUCUUCUCAUGGGGCGCUCCUAUUCUACUGAUUCUAUCUCUUUACCAUACUUCCGGUGUCAGGUGUAGACCCCUUGGCCACGAACCGUAGAAGUAGGCACACAUUCCUUUGAAUUCCAUGUCAUGAGAUUGCUGCAACUGAGAGCCUCCAUUCUCGCAUUCUAAGUAGGAUAAAUCUCAGCAUUGGUCACUUCCGACCACUUUGUACAGAGAAGUUGCUAAUUUUUUCCUUAGAUUUAUUGCAGUUCAGCUUGAUCUUUUCAUGUUGGAAGGACUAGAUUGCAUGUUCUUGCUAACCAAAAAGGCUGAAGUUCCUUCCUUGUAAUGUUUUUGUUUAAUCAAUUAAUCAAACAAUAUUUUUCUAAAACUAU